CGGGCAUUACUCGCCGGCAUCAUCGAAGCCCAGCCCCGAUAUACACUCGACUUGAAGGGGCGAUCUCUUCGUUCCCCUGUAACUUCUCGUCGCCCUCCCCUUGUGGUUCCAGCUACGAAUCUGGGGUCGUGUUCUCAAGGGAACGCCUCCGAUCUGGCUUUGAUCGGAUCCCCCGGCCCUGCGAUCUCUCAUCUCCGUGGCCCUCUGGAGCUUCUGGAUCGAUCGCCUAGUCUGAAACGUUGCAGCAGCUGAUCUUUAUUACUCAUCAGAAGUGGAAUCAGGCACUAACUAAUCCUUUUUGCUAGUUUUAAAAAACCUGAUCUUCUGUAAAAAGGCCUUCGUGGAGAUUAGAAGUAAGCAUACUUAGAAGAUUAGAUUGGUAGCACCCUUAAUCAUUCCAAUCAUGUGGAUGUUCAAGCCAUUCACGGGCAAAGAACCUGUUGGUCUUGAAGGCCGAACAAUUGAUGUUGGUAAUGUAAAGGUCCAUGUUCGGAAUGUCAUAGCACAAGGGGGGUUUUCCUGUGUCUACAUUGCCCUUGAUCCUGCACAAUCAUCUAAACAGUAUGCCCUGAAACAUAUGAUUUGCAAUGAUGCCGAGUCAUCAGAUCUUGUCAUGAAGGAGAUCUCUGUGAUGAAGCUGCUCAGAGGGCACCCUAAUGUUGUUACCCUCAUUGCGCACACCAUACUAGACAUGGGCUGGAGGAAGGAGGCAUUGCUUGUAAUGGAGUACUGUGAGAAGUCUCUGGUUACUGUGCUAGGAAACAGAGGAGCUGGAUACUUCGAGGAGAAACAGAUCCUCUUGAUAUUUAGAGAUGUUUGCAAUGCAAUUUAUGCCAUGCAUUCCCAAUCACCACCAAUUGCCCACAGGGAUUUGAAAGCUGAAAAUGUGCUGCUAGCUCCUGGUGGAGCUUGGAAGUUAUGCGACUUUGGCAGCACUUCUACCAAUCAUAAAUGCUUUGACAAGCCUGAGGAGAUGGGAAUUGAAGAAGACAUUAUCAGGAAGCACACAACUCCUGCAUAUAGAGCCCCUGAGAUGUGGGACCUUUUCAGAAAGGAAGUUUUAUGUGAGAAAGUGGACAUCUGGGCUCUUGGAUGCCUUCUAUAUCGAAUCUGUUAUUUCAAAUCUGCAUUUGACGGUGAAUCAAAACUUCAAGUCCUGAAUGGAAACUAUCGCAUCCCCGACUUACCAAAGUACAGUGCUUCUAUGACCGGCCUGAUCAAGGACAUGCUUGAAGCUUCUCCAAACGCCAGACCAGAUAUCAUGCAGGUUUGGUUUCGUGUCAAUGAACUGCUUCCUGAAGAGUUGCAGAAGCAUUUACCUGAUGGCUGUGCUGAAGCUGUUGCCAUGCAUCGAUCUCGUUCAGAUUCACAAGAUCAAGAAGUCUCAAGAAAGACUUCUUUGAUGCGUCGAAGGAGCCCACCACCGCCACCUUCCUCACAAGAAUCUGAGGAUACGCAACACUCUGGACCGUCUCAAGAUGCUUCAUGGGAAGGGGGGCCCAUCGGUGCAUUUUGGUCCACCCAACAUGGGAAGGAUUCAGCGGUUAUAGAUAAUAAGAGAUCUUUCUUUAAUGAACCAGUCAAACAAGCAGUGUCAAAGCAGAAUCAUGGUACCAUUAUAAGCAAAGAUAACCCUCCAAGGGAAAGCCAUGCCCAUCCCCGACAGCCAGGAAGGAUUGAACGGGGAAACCCUGCUGAUGAGGACUUUGAGAAAAAAAAUUCCCAAGAAAUGAAGCAUUGUUCCCAGAGGCCAAAGGUGUUGUACCCUGAGGAGAAACCAGCUUUUGAAAAUGAAACAUUCAAUACUUUCGUGGCUGAUUUUGAUGUCAGCAAGUUGAACUCGAGGAAUAUUGUUAGUGACAACAAAUCAAGGAAAGAAGAUCUGGAAUCAGAAGUCGGUAAGCUAAAAGAACAGCUGAAGCAAGCCAACUUGGAGAAAGUAGAUAUGACAUCCAAAUAUGAAAAGUUAUCUGCCAUCUGUCGCUCUCAGCGACAAGAGAUACAGGAGCUGAAGAGUGCUCUUUCGGCCCUAAGCCCAUCACUACCAAGCAAAGAUAGGUCAAAGAGUCACAACCAUCCUGGAAGCUUGGAGUCUGCAGCUCUUCCAAGGGACAAGAUGGAAGGAAGUGUAUGGGACCUUCAGCAAGGAAUGAUGUCGAACCCUUCUGCAUCAUCACACAGACCAGAGCUGAAGACAUGGAAUGCUUUCCAUGGAGAACCCAAAAUUCAGGCUGCACCAAGAAGCAACCAUCCUAUAUCUUCUGGAGCAAGGGCAACAAAGAAAACAGAAUCUGAGCAGCCUGCCGGAUGGGCCGGGUUUUGAUUUGCCUUCCGAAAAUAAUCUCGAGCUAAUGCAUAGUGUCUACAUCAUAUGAUACUCUCGCAUGGUUUGCACGACAGCAAUGAGCAAGGGAACUCAUAUUUUGUACCGCCUGUCAUGUUGCUUGUGGGGAAAGGUUCGAUGAAGGGGAUAUCAUCGCCCUUAGGGUUCUUUCGCCCUUCAGCGUAUCCUGUGGAGGGGAACUGCAUUUUGCUAGGGAAGAUGAUUUCUCUUCUUCGGGAGUUAAAUUCUGGUAAAUGGUGUUUGCUGUCCGUUUGAUGUUGUGUUAAAUUGAUUGUUUGUGCUUCAGCAUUCUCUUAUAGAGGCCAUGAUACUGACUCU